AUGUCCACGUCGUCCAAAGCCCUCGCGUUUUCCAUUGUUGACUGGUUAAACAGCAAGGAUGUUGCUGGCGCGAACGAAGAGAAGUGCAGUGAGGCAGCCGCGCUCAUCUCGCAAGCAUUCGAGGUCGAUACCGCGAACGCUACGGAGCGUGCGGCGCUUGCGCCUGGAUCCCCCGGCCUGAGUGCCAUCUUUGACGUCUACCUCAAGGCGCAGAAGAAGGUGGGUGCGCAUACAAAGAGCGGAGCCUCUGCAUCUGCUGCUGAUGCUGAUGCUACUGCAUCGACAGAUGCAGGUGCCCCGUCCGCCGAGGAUGCCGCAAAGGCUGACCAGCUGAAAAACGAGGGCAACAAGUUUAUGAGCGCCAAGGACUACGGCGCGGCGCUCGACGCAUACACCAAGGCGAUUGCACUGAACGCUACCUCGCCGGUCUUUUACUCCAACCGCGCCGCUGCGUACAGCCAGAUCGGCCAGCACGACGAAGCGAUUGCGGACGCGACCAAGGCUUCCGAGCUGAACCCCAAGUUUGGCAAGGCGUACAGCCGUCUCGGACACGCUCUGUUUGCAUCUGGCCAGUACGAGGAGGCUAUUAAGGCGUAUGAGAAGGGAUGCGAGGUGGAUCCGUCCAACGCGCUGAUGAAGUCGGGCCUGGACGCUUCCAAGGCAAAGCUUGCCGGGGACGACCGCGACGCCUUGGCCACCCAGGACGCGCGCCCCAGCGGUGGUGCGGGCGCCGGCGGCAUGCCCGGCAUGGGCGCCGGAGGCAUGCCCGACCUUUCUUCGCUCAUGAACAACCCGAUGAUGGGCCAAAUGGCGCAGCAAAUGAUGCAGAACGGCGGGCUCGAGCAGCUCAUGAACAACCCCAUGCUCCGUCAGAUGGCCGAUCAAUUUGGGUCUGGCGGCGAGAUGCCCGAUCUAUCGUCGAUGAUGAACAACCCGCAGCUCCGGCAGUACGUACUGCAACGCAUGCUCACCGCAGAAUGGCCCAGCAAUUCAUGGGUAAUAUGGGCGGACAAGGCGGCGCCGGUGGGCGUCCGUAGACAGACCCGCGAUCCCCUAGCGGUGUGGGCAGCCAUGCAGUAG